AUGUGUCUGUUGCCCUCCUCCUCCAGUGUGAGCGCCGCAGGAUUUCCUGUAGCCUGGCUGUGCCCGGGGCCUCCUGCCGCUUCCGCUUUCCUGGGCGCCACCGCCUCCUCCGAGAGCCCGCUCCACACCGCCAGUGCCCGCCUAGGCUGCGGUUUCUUUCUGCACGGCCAGGUUCUGGAUGGCCGAGAUUCAGUGGUCAUUGAGGAUGUGGUCAUGGUGUUUACCCAGGAAGAGUGGGCUUUGCUAAAUCUUGCUCAGAGGAGGCUCUACAAUGAUGUGAUGAUGGAAACCUUCAGAAACCUGGCCUCAGUAGGAGACAUCUCUGAAUCAUCUGGCAAUGAAGAUCAGCAUAAUAACCAUGGAAGACUUUUGAGAAGGCAUACUGUACAGAACUUCGGUGAAAAUAAUGAAGGCAAAUGGUGUAAACAAACCUUCAGCCAGAAUCCAGAUCUUACUGUGAUAAAAAUAAAGCUUCCAGAAAUAAGUCCUUUCAAAUGCUGCGAGAGUGGAAAAGGCUUCAAGGAUCACUCAUCACAUAAACAUCAUACCAGAUCUCACGCUGGAUGCAAUGCUUACCUGUGUAAGAAAUGUAGGGAAGCCUGCAGUUGUCCUUCUUACCUCUGCACUCCUGUGAGAACUCUUACUGGAGAAAAGCCCUAUAAAUGUAGGGUAUGUGGGAAAGACUUCAUUUGUGUUUCAACCCUAAUGAGUCCUAUGAUGGCAUUUACUGGAAAGAAACAUGAAUGUCUUGAAUGUGGGAAAGAUUUCUGUAGUUUCUCAUCCUUUCAUGUGAGGAGUCAUAAGUGUGAAUGCAAAAAAUGUAAAACUCAUAGUCAUCCUACAUCACUUAUUUUACAUAAAAAACUUUAUAAUGGAGAUCAGCUGUAUGAAUGUAAGGAAUGUGGGAAAACUUUCAGUUGUGCCUCAUCUCUUACUACACAUGGAAGAAUUCACAGUGGAGAGAAGCCUUAUAAAUGUAAGGAAUGUGGGAAAGCCUUUGGUCAGUCAUCACAUCUCACAGCACAUACAAGAAUUCACAAUGGACAAAGGCCUUAUGAAUGUAAGGAAUGUGGGAAAGCAUUUAUUCAGGCGUCAUCACUCACUCAACAUGUAAGAGCUCACAGUGGAGAGAGGCCUUAUGAAUGUAAGGAAUGUGGAAAAGUCUUUAGUUGUGCUUCAUACCUCACUAAACAUAUAAGAGCUCACAGUGGAGAGAGGCCUUAUGAAUGUAAGGAAUGUGAGAAAGCCUUUAGCCAGUCAUCACACCUCAUUAAACAUGUAAGAACUCACAAUGGAAGGAGGCCUUAUGAAUGUAAGGAAUGUGGGAAAGCCUUUAGUCAGGCCUCAUCGCUCACUCAGCAUAUGAGAACACACAGUGGAGUGAGGCCUUAUGAAUGUAAGGAAUGUGGCAAAGGCUUUAGUCAUGCCUCAAACCUCACUACACAUAAAAGAACUCACAGUGGAGAGAGACCUUAUGAAUAUAAGGAAUGUGGGAAAACCUUUAGUCAGUCAUCACACUUCACUAAACAUAGAACUCACAGUGGAGAGCCUUAUGAAUGUAAAGACAGCCUUUAG